AUGAGCAACGCAGCAUUGUACUCAGACUCCAAGGGGGGCAGCCCCAACACAGAAAGUGCAGUCAUAGCGUCUGAAGAUGUGGAAGCCGAUGCAUCAGCUACAAUCACCUUCAACGAGCAAACGAAUUAUGUCCCCCGGAAGACCAUCGUCACAAUCUUCCUCGCAUGUUCAACAGUCGACCUGAUAGCAGUCAUGGACCAGACCACAUUAGCGGCCAGUCUCUCGAUCAUAGGCGAAGCCCUUGACGCCAGCGACAGAACCUCCUGGAUCUCAGGUGGCUACUUUGUCACAUCAACAUGCUUCCAGCUCCUCUAUGGCCGCCUCUCCGACGUCUGGUCCCGCAAGCACGUCCUCUACGCCGGGCUCGCCAUCUUCUUCCUCGGCUCGCUCGCCGCCUCCCUCGCGCAGACAGCGACCCAACUGAUCAUCUUCCGGGCCUUCACCGGCAUCGGCGGCGGCGGGCUCGUGACGGUCGUGCAGCUCAUUGUCAGCGACGUCGUGCCUCUCCGCACCCGGGGAAAGUACCAAGGCAUCUUGGGGGCUGUCGUCGCGCUGUCCAACGGCCUGGGCCCCGUCAUCGGGGGUCUGCUGGCGACGCACGCCUCGUGGCGGUGGAUCUUCCGGCUCAACCUGCCCCUCACGGCCCUGACCGUGUGCUGCGUGGUCUUCUUCCUCCCGCUGCGCAAAGUCACGGGGGACUGGAAGCGCAAACUCCACGCCAUCGACUUCUUCGGCGCGCUACUCGCAUUGGGCGGUACGUCGCUGUUACUGCUGGGUCUGACCUGGGGCGGCGGGGAGCGGCCCUGGCGCUCGGCGCCGGUCAUCGGGACCAUCGCCGGCGGCGGGGUGGUGUGUACCGCGUUCGUGGUCUGGCAGGUGAAAGGCACGGCGUACCCGCUGGUGCCGAUGCACAUCUUCCGGUCGGGGAUUGUCAACGGCGCGUGCAUCACCAUGUUCCUGCACGGGUGGAAUAUCCUGGUGCAGCUGUACUACAUCCCGGUGUUCUACCAGCUGGCGAUGGGGUACUCGGCCCUCCGGGCGGCGGCGAUGCUGCUGCCGAUCACCAUCAUGGCUUCGGUCAGCAGCACGCUCUCCGGCCUGGUGGUGCACUGGCUCGGUCGGUACCGGGAGCCCAUCCUCUUCGGCUGGGUCGCCUGGGCUGUUGGACUAGGGCUGUUCUCGACCCUCGAUGCGUCCUCGGGGUUGGGCAAGCAGAUCGGAUAUGCGCUGUUGACGGGUGUGGGCCUAGGGAAUACACUGCAGCCCGCCCUAAUAGCAAUCCAAGCGGGUGUCGCGCGACGCGAUAUGGCCGUAACAACAUCCUUCAGGAACUUCACGCGGAACCUAGGAGGAACCCUAGGCCUCGCGAUCGCCGGGACGAUACUAACCAACCUCCUCACCCAAGCAACCACCUCCCUCCCCCUGACCCCAACGGACAGGACGACCUUCCUCCGCAACCCUACAACCUACCUCGCCAACCUCCCGGCCACCGACGCCGCCCAGCUCCGUGCGGCCAUCCUCCCAAUAUACCAGCAGGCCUUCCGGAUCAUCUUCCGGAUCGGCGCGGGGAUGGCGGC